AUGGAACUUCACAGCUCAGAAAUCGUAAGUUUCAAGAUCAUAGGGCUUCAAUCCCUCUUAGUCUUGGUUCUCUCUCUAGCCAAUGCCUUCACGGCUUUGGCGACGUCUCAGGGCAUCCAUUUCAACUUCCAGACUUUCGACGGUGAUAGCAUUCAAUUCCAAGGCGAUGCGUCGGUUUCGACUGACUUCAUCCAACUUACCAGGGCCAAUCAAGACCAGAACCUCGUUGGGAGUGGGGGGUGGGCCACGUACCGUGAGCCGAUGCAUCUUUGGGAUAAGGAAACCGGGAACGUAGCGGAUUUCACCACCCAUUUCACCUUCGUCAUCAAUUCGCUAAGAGAGUCAGACUUUGCCGACGGACUGGCCUUCUUUCUUGUCCCCGAGGGGUCUCAACUCCCGGUCCACUCGUUGGGAGGCGCCCUGGCUAUUGUAGAUCCAGGCCGCGACCCUUCCAACUCUUCCACAUGGUUUGUAGCCGUCGAGUUCGACACUUACCACAACACCAAUAGCACUGUUGCCGUGGACCCGAAUUGUUCACAAGUUGCACAUGUUGGUAUAGACCUGAAUAAUCUCAAUUCCACGGCAUAUAGCUGUGUCGAUUGGUUCAAGGAUAAAAUCAUGAGUGGUGGGUGGAUCAAUGCUACGAUAAGGUACAAUUCUAGUACACAGAAUUUGAGUGUUCUCAUGUUAGAUGGCGAUGCCAUGGGUACUGACAUAAAUUCCUCCGCUAUCUAUGAUAUAGUCGACAUGACAAAGUAUUUGCCGGAGUGGGUGACUUUCGGUUUCUCGGCUGCCACAGGUUCGUAUUUCGAGUUGCACACUCUUAAGGCAUGGGAACUCAGCUCUAAUGUGCAAGUGAUGGCUGGAAAAAAAAGUGAGUUGUGGCUAUGGUUUGUCUUAGGUUCAGGUUCUUUCAUUUUGUGCACUCUUGUUCUAGCCUUUAUUUGGUUUCAUCACCGUUCCAAUAGAAAGAGAACUUACACGAGUGGAGAAGAAGAUGAUACAGCGAUUGAAAAAGAAUUCGAGCAAGUGUUGGGGCCCAAGAAAUUCUCCUACAUGGAAUUGGUCGCAGCCACCAAUAACUUCGCAAUCAAUCAGUUGCUAGGGGAAGGGGGCUUUGGAAGAGUGUACAAAGGUUACUUGACCAGCAUGAAUGCUAAUGUCGCAAUCAAGAAGAUUAACCCGGGGUCAAGACAAGGGAUAAAGGAGUUUGCUACCGAAGUAAAGACCAUAAGCCGGCUUCGGCAUAGAAACUUGGUCCAACUUAUCGGGUGGUGUCAUGAGAAAAAGGAACUCCUUCUUAUCUAUGAGUUCAUGUCUAAUGGCAGCCUCGAUUAUCAUUUAUUCAAAGAACAAACCUUCUUGCUGUGGGAGAAGCGGUACAAAAUUGCGCAAGGCAUAGCCUCAGCAUUGCUUUACCUCCAUGAAGAAUGGGAACAAUGCGUCGUGCAUCGGGAUAUAAAGUCCAGCAAUAUUAUGCUUGAUUACAAUUUCAAUGCUAAAUUAGGGGACUUUGGUCUGGCUAGGCUAGUUGACCAUGCCAAAGAGUUACAAACGACGGUGUUGGCCGGAACUAGGGGCUAUUUGGCUCCUGAAUGCUUUUACAAUGGCAAGGCAAGUAAGGAAUCAGAUGUCUAUAGCUUCGGAGUCGUCCUAUUAGAAAUAGCUUGCGGAAGAAAAGUCCUCGAGCCAAUGGCCGAGGAAGACCAGGUCCAACUAGUGGACUGGGUUUGGGAGCUGUACGGGACUGGGAGGCUACUUGAUGCGACAGACUCGAAGCUUACCGAUUUCAAUGAAAAGCAACUGGAUUGCUUAAUGGUUGUAGGAUUGUGGUGCACUCAUUUGGACCGCACUGCUCGUCCUUCCAUGAAAGAAGCGUUAAAUGUUCUUAACUUUAACGCUCCGCCACCUAUUCUUCCAGCGAAAUUGCGUGUCCCUACAUACCCGGCGCCUCUAUCCACAUUCGCUACAGCAUUGUUUGUUUCAUCCCAUGCCACCUCGACCGACUGCGCCGAAAUGUCCAAAUAGGUAGAGAAGAUAUCUCAAUUAGGUAAGUC